AUGAGUCGUGAAGAGAGUCCAAAACGGCGGAAGAUAGACUCCGAUAGAUUUACCCCAUCGUCACCAAAGAGCUACACCGGCCCUGGCCCCAGGCAUAUUUUCAAGCGACGCGAUAGACCUCAGGGAAGAGACGACGAUGAUGGCCAGACAGGGUCCAGCAGGGGCCGAGAUGGCGCAUCAACUCCCCACCAGCACUCAUUCGACGGACCAGAAGCAUUCGUGAACGAUGAUGACGCUAUGGCGCUUGACCGUGACUGGUACAUGGGUGAUGAAUCCGGGCAUACCUUUGGAGACGAGACACAUAAUCCCUUUGGCGCCCCAGAAAGCGCAUGGGCGGACCAGAUCCGCGAGGCGGCAUUGUCGGAGAAGAAGAACAGCCGCCGCUUCAAUGCUCGUGCUGUACAAAAACAAAAGGAUGUGGAUGCGUGGGAGACGAAUCGCAUGCUAACCUCUGGUGUUGCUCAGAGGAGAGACUACGAUGCUGAUUUUGAAGAUGAUGAUGACUCGACAAGAGUGCACUUACUGGUCCAUGAUCUUCGUCCUCCCUUUUUGGAUGGCCGUACGGUCUUCACGAAGCAGCUGGAACCUGUCCCCGCCGUACGAGACCCGCAGAGUGACAUGGCUGUUUUUAGUCGGAAAGGAAGCAAAGUUGUUCAAGAAAGGAGGCAGCGCAAAGAACGCCAGAAGCAAGCCCAGGAUGCUACAAAUGCUGCUGGGACUACUCUGGGUAAUAUUAUGGGUGUUAAAGAAGAUGAAGGCGACAGUGCGGCGGCAAUUCCAGGAGAGGAAGAUCAAAAGCCAGGCAACAGCAGUAAAUUUGCGUCACAUUUGAAAAAAUCCGAAGGAUCCAGUGCGUUUAGUAGGAGCAAGACCUUACGGGAGCAGAGGGAAUAUCUCCCUGCCUUUGCCGUUAGAGAAGAACUGCUACGAGUGAUAAGGGAUAACCAAGUAAUUAUUGUGGUUGGCCAGACUGGGUCCGGAAAGACUACUCAAUUGACUCAGUUUCUCUACGAGGAUGGCUACGGGGAGCUUGGCUUGAUAGGCUGUACGCAGCCACGCCGUGUUGCUGCAAUGAGUGUUGCCAAACGAGUCAGCGAGGAGAUGGAAGUUAAACUUGGAGGGCUUGUGGGCUAUGCUAUACGUUUCGAAGAUUGCACAAGCAGCGAAACGGUGAUUAAAUAUAUGACUGAUGGAGUUUUGCUACGAGAAUCCUUGGUCCAGCCUGAUCUUGACAAAUAUUCUUGCAUUAUCAUGGAUGAGGCUCACGAGAGAGCUUUGAAUACUGAUGUCUUGAUGGGCCUGAUUAAGAAGGUUCUUGCUAGAAGAAGAGACUUGAAGCUUAUCGUUACGUCUGCUACCAUGAACUCUGACCGAUUUUCAAAGUUUUACGGAGGCGCCCCGGAGUUUAUCAUCCCCGGACGUACAUUUCCUGUCGAUAUACAAUAUUCCCGUUCUCCCUGCGAGGACUAUGUUGAUAGUGCUGUCAAGCAAGUGCUGGCCAUCCACGUUCCCAAGGGCCUGUGCCGGCAGAUUUACAAGCCAGAUUUUCGACAGGCCGCUCCGGGUGUUAGGAAAGUUAUCGUGGCUACCAAUAUUGCUGAGACCAGUUUGACGGUUGAUGGCAUUAUGUACGUGGUAGAUGCCGGGUUUUCAAAGCUAAAGGUUUACAACCCACGGAUGGGCAUGGACACACUCCAAAUCACACCCAUUUCGCAGGCCAAUGCCUCCCAGCGAGCGGGCCGAGCAGGCAGGACUGGGCCUGGGAAAGCGUAUCACUUAUAUACCGAGCUUGCAUUUAAGGACGAGUUUUAUAUACAAACCAUCCCGGAGAUUCAACGGACAAACCUUGCGAACACCGUACUUCUACUCAAAUCAUUGGGAAUCAAGGACCUGCUAGACUUCGAUUUCAUGGACCCUCCCCCACAAGAUACAAUCACCACCUCACUGUUUGACCUUUGGGCUCUUGGAGCAAUUGAUAAUUUGGGCGAUUUAACAGCCAUCGGCCGCCGAAUGAGUGCAUUUCCCAUGGACCCAUCACUUGCCAAACUCCUCAUCACUUCAUCAGAGCUGUAUGGUUGUAGCGAAGAAAUGCUCACAAUAGUAUCUAUGCUCUCGGUACCUAGCGUGUUUUACCGUCCGAAGGAACGACAAGAAGAGUCUGACGCAGCUAGGGAGAAGUUCUUCGUGCCAGAGUCAGACCAUCUCACUCUUCUUCACGUCUAUACACAAUGGAAAGCAAACGGCUAUUCCGACGGGUGGUGCGUACGACACUUCCUCCAUCCCAAGGCUCUUCGGCGAGCCAAGGAGAUCCGUGAACAGCUACAUGAUAUAAUGAAAAUGCAGAAAAUGCAAUUGACAAGCUGCGGGACGGAUUGGGACAUUAUUCGAAAAUGCAUUUGUUCCGGCUACUACCAUCAGGCUGGCCGGGUCAAGGGUAUUGGAGAGUAUAUUAAUCUCCGGACGAGCGUAACUGUGCAGCUGCAUCCGACCAGCUCCUUAUACGGUCUUGGCUUCCUACCUGACUAUGUGGUAUAUCAUGAGUUGAUAUUGACCAGCAAAGAAUAUAUGUCUACUGUCACUGCAGUUGAUCCUCAUUGGCUUGCCGAUCUCGGUGGUGUUUUCUAUUCAAUCAAAGAAAAGGGCUAUUCUGCACGGGAACGCCGCGUCACAGAGCGUGAAUUCAAUAGGAAAAUGGAAAUAGAAACACAAAUGGCUGCAGAUCGUCAGAAAGCUGCGGAACUCACUGCCCGCGAAGCUGAGAAAGAGUCGGCUAAAAAGAGACAGGAAAUACAGACUGCAGUGAGAAGACCGACUGCUACGCCAGGGGUAAGGAGAACUACCGGUGGGCUGGUUACGAGUGGUAGCGUGGUUAAGAGGCCGCCGUCCAAAAGAGUCGGAAGGGGAUUUUGA